UCGGGUUCGAGCUCGAGCUCGGUCGCGGUGCCAAGGAGCAGGAGCAAGAUCCGGAGUUUGCUCGCUCGGAAAAUGGGAAACUCUCGCCGAAGGGCGCUGCAUUUCUUUUAACUUAAUUUCCGUGCCGUCUCCUCUCCUGACCCCUUCCUCUCCAUUCUUAAUCUUAGAGACAGGCACGAAAAUUUUAAGGUUAAGCUGUGCUGAAUGCUAACAAGAAGAAGCAGAUAGAGCUGCUUUACUGAAAAUCUGUUGUCAAGUUCUACUGAUGCUUGAUCAGACUCUAGCAGCGAUACUGUGUUCAGCUUUGGGCACCAAACAUCUGAAGGUUAAAACAUUCCACCUCAACAGGUCUUUCAAAAUAAUUCAGAAAAGCAGUUUUGAUGCAGAAAAACUUCAUGGAAAAACCUGAGGAAUUUAGGUGAGACUGACAGAUCAUGCAGUCGUCAGGGCACCGAUUUCGGGAUGUUGACCAUCAUCCUCUGCUGAGCUCCGAAGAUGACUUUGAGUGCUCGUCAGGAAAUGUGGAAGCCGUGGAUCGGAUCUGGUUUAUUCGUGAUGGAUGUGGAAUGGUCUGCGCUGUCAUAACCUGGCUACUGGUUUUAUAUGCAGACUUUGUUGUGACAUUUGUAAUGCUGUUGCCUUCCAAAGACUACUGGUACUCACUGAUAAAUGGCAUUGUAUUUAAUAGUCUGGCAGUGCUGGCUCUUUCAUCCCAUCUGAGAACAAUGUUGACAGACCCAGAGAAAUCAGCCAACAAUAAUGAAGAGAAAGCCAAGACAGGUGGUGUCCAACAUCCACCUCCUCACCCUCUGCAAGGACAGACUCCCAUGCCUUGCCAGGAGAGGACAAUGCCUGCUCAUAUGGGUUCAGUGCCGAAAGGCAAUGCCACAAAAGAGUAUAUGGAGAGUCUACAGCUGAAACCAGGGGAGGUGAUUUAUAAGUGCCCAAAAUGUUGCAGUAUUAAGCCAGAGCGAGCUCAUCAUUGCAGUAUUUGUAAAAGGUGCAUCCGGAAGAUGGACCACCAUUGUCCUUGGGUGAACAAUUGUGUUGGAGAGAACAAUCAAAAAUUCUUUGUACUUUUUACUAUGUACAUAGCACUGAUUUCAGUCCAUGCACUGAUACUGUGUGGCUUCCAAUUUUUCUUCUGUAUCAGAGAGCAGUGGAGUGAAUGCAGUGGCUUCUCACCUCCUGUAACUGUAAUCCUAAUCAUUUUCUUGUGCCUUGAGGGACUCCUGUUUCUUACAUUCACCUCAGUAAUGUUUGGCACUCAGCUUCACUCAAUAUGCAACGAUGAGACGGAAAUUGAACGGCUAAAAAAUGAAAAACCGACAUGGGAAAGGAAGUUACGAUGGGAGGGAAUGAAGACUGUUUUUGGAGGGCAGCCCUCAUUUCUGUGGAUUAAUCCUUUCUCAGGCAUUAGAAUUAGACGACUCAUUCCCAGAACUCUGAAGGGAGGAGCAGAAUUCGCUGUUUGAUCCUGAAGAAGAACAUUUUGAAAAAGUAAUCUUUCUAAUAGUAAAAUAAAAUUAGCACAAGACUUAUUUCUUUUCUACGUACUGCCUACUAUGGAUUAAAUAAAUGCUGCCUGUUAAAAUUGAACAUAGUAACCUAAUUAUGAACAAAUGCCUGAAGUCUGGAACUAGUGAACUGACAGAAAUCUCCAUCAGCCUCAUAAGAAUGGAUUGCAAAAAUCAAACCAUAGCUUUGAAAGGGCAGUUGUGUCCUGUUGCCCUACUGUAUAAACCUCUGCAUAGUUGCUCAUCUUGCAGUUUUGCAUAAUGUACUAUUUGUGACAUAAUCCCAAAUACUUGGAUGUAAACUACAAUGUGAUUGAUACUUUAGUGACAUUGGUUGAAAUUUUUAUUUAAACAUGAAGUUUGUAGUCCAUUCCACCCAACCCUUUCAUCUCGUUUGAAUAAUAAUUUUCAGGCAUUAAAUUUGCAAACUAUUACCUACGAACUGUAUAAGUUAGAAUUGAAUAAUUUCUUUAAUCUGUUUUUAUAUUUUUAUAUAUAUAAAAAGGGAACUCUAAAGAAGGGGAAACUUUAUUUUUUCAGUUCAUGUAUAUUUUUUUUAUUUCAGGACAGUUUCUUUCCCUCUAUCUGUGGUAUGGGUGGGUGUGCACUGUUUUUUCAAUAAUCCAAAGUUUACCCGAACAUAAUCACAUUUUUAAAUUUUAUUUAUUGUUUUGUUGAAAUGCACAGAUGAAUUGUAAGUAUAUUAUUGUUGAUGGCUGUUUCUAAAAUUGAUAUAAAAUAUCUUCACAACAAA